CUCGUGCAGUAGUGGUAGUCGGACGGUGCUACACCUUUGUAGCUGUUUGUAGCACAACAGUGAAGAUAACACGCGUUGUCACUGGAUAACGUGGGAAAGUGUAGUGUACCUACUUGUGCAUAGUAACAAAAUUAAAAUUAAUAACUUUUUUAUUAAUGUGUUGUAUUUAUUGAGUAAAUCGUUGUUGUGGAGUCAUGGCACCUGUUUUGAGUAAAUACGUAACGAGGAAAACUGCGGCUGGAGCAUUUGCAUUGAGUGCACUGAUCUGGCUGCUGAAGAGGAAACGGAAUAAAAGGACUACCAAAGCGAGGGUUUUGUGGCCAGCGAAUGAUGUGCAGUACGUCAUUAAUGAGCAAGGAAAACCAAAGGGCCCGAAGGCUCACGUCGAUGCAGCCUUCUUCCGCCAGCUCUAUCGACUGUUGGUUAUUGGAGUACCUGGUGCACUGUCCCCAGAGGCAGGAUUUGUGCUGCUCAUCGCGGGGUCACUGAUCGGGAGAUCACUCUGUGAUUUGUGGAUGAUUAGGACUACUACGCUUAUUGAAGGUGCAAUUGUCAAUAUGGACGGGAAGGGCUUCAAAAAACUAUUGUUAACAUUUUUAGCGGCACUACCAGUAAUAUCAGUCGUGAAUAAUUUACUUAAAUACGGAAUUGGGGAGAUGAAGCUGAGGAUGAGAACGAAUAUAACUCGAUAUCUACUAGAGCAGUAUCUCAAGGGAUUCACCUACUACAAAAUGACGAAUUUGGACACACGUAUUGCGAAUCCAGAUCAGCUGCUGACUACUGAUAUUGAUAAAUUCUGCGACAGCUGUACUGAUCUCUACAGUAAUAUUGCCAAACCAAUUCUCGAUAUUGGAAUUUAUGUCUACAGAUUGACGUCUUCUUUGGGUGGACAGACACCUACAAUGAUGCUGGGAUACCUAGUAGUAGCAGGUACCUUCCUCACACACCUGCGAAGGCCCAUCGGCUCCAUGACGGCGAAGGAGCAGAGACUGGAGGGCGAAUACCGUCACAUUAAUUCACGAUUGAUAACGAAUUCAGAGGAGAUAGCGUUCUACCGAGGGAAUAAUCGGGAGAAAUUGACGCUUUUCGCUAGCUUCCAUAAAUUAAUUAAGCACCUGCGUGGGCUCUUGGAAUUCAAAGUGGCGAUGGGUGUCGUUGACAAUUUCAUUGGAAAAUACGUAGCAACUGUUGUUGGAUUUUACUCCGUAAGCAUUCCAUUCUUCCGAAAGGAUCACCCAAUGCUCACAGGCACUUCCCAACAUCGUUUCAAGCACUACUACGAGAAUGGCAGAAUGCUGGUGAAAUUGGCUGAAGCCAUUGGUCGUCUCGUGCUUGCUGGACGAGAAAUGACACGACUGGCUGGUUUCACAGCGCGUGUCACAGAAAUAAGGAGUGUUCUACAGGACCUCAAUGAGGGAAAAUACCAAAGGACAAUGGUGGCUGACGGGAAGAAUGAUUCUGUUGGUAAACCCGGCUCUGGGAGAAUAGUCGCCAAGGAUAAUAUCAUCAGAUUUGAACAUGUGCCACUGAUAACGCCCAAUGGGGACGUUCUCAUCAAAGAUUUGAGCUUUGAAGUCAAGUCGGGGAUAAAUGUGUUGGUCUGUGGGCCAAAUGGGUGUGGAAAGAGCUCGUUAUUCCGUAUUCUGGGCGAGCUCUGGCCGGUGUGGGGUGGUACAGUCACCAAGCCCCCCAGUGGUAAACUCUUCUACAUUCCACAAAGACCCUACAUGACGUUAGGAACCCUCCGAGACCAGGUGAUCUACCCCCACACCCAAGCAGAGAUGCUGAGACGUGGAAACGCGAAGGACGAAGAUCUCCAGAAAUACCUGGACCUCGUUCAGCUCGGACAUCUGUUGGAACGCGAGGAUGGAUGGGAUACGGUUGCUGAUUGGAUGGACGUUCUGUCUGGAGGCGAGAAACAACGAAUAGCUAUGGCAAGAUUAUUCUACCACAAGCCCCAAUUUGCAAUUCUCGACGAGUGCACGAGCGCAGUCAGUAUGGACGUCGAGGACUCCAUGUACUCCUACUGUCGACAAGCUAAUAUCACACUCUUCACGGUCUCCCACAGACGAUCAUUAUGGAAACAUCACGAGUACUAUCUGUUGAUGGAUGGCAGGGGAUCCUACGAUUUCGAACCAAUCAAGCCAGACACCGAAGAAUUUGGAUCAUGAAUUAUCGUGUCCCUCGUGCCCGAUGGCUAGUAGCAAAUGUGUACAGGUGCGGUUGAAAUUCAGAAUGAGAAAAUACAAAGUAGGUCCAAUCGAGUAGAAAAUAGUCAUGAAAUUGUCGGGAAACCCACUGUGCUCUUUCCACCGAGUCAUUGGUAAGAACAAGAGAAUAAACAAGGGAAUUUGGUGAUUGUGUGGAGUGAGGGGAAAUCUUGCGGAGAAUUUCAUGAUUUUUGCGAGAAUUUUUCCAACAGCUUCAGUCCAGAAACUUUUUAACAUCCUUUCAGCGAAGAAUUCAUCAAUUUAUUGGACGAAAUUUUGUUUUUAACAUCGAAUAUAUUAAAAAGUAUUGAAUUAAUCUUCAUGAUGAUGUCUAGAAACACGGGGAUUUUUAAUUCUUCAUUUCGAAUAUUUUUGAGUUAUCAUACAUGUGAAUGGAAUCACGCAUAACAAUUGAUCGAAUCAGAAGACAUUUUGAAAAUUUUAUUUCGAGAAUUCUAUCCAUUUUAUAAUCUGCUAUUUUUUUCGCUGUCGAUUGAUCAUUUUUUCAGUUAUGAAGAAGUGAAUGAGCAUAAUGAGCUCAAUUUCACUUGAAGAGAAUAAAAAAAAAUAUCUUGAAGUUCAGAGGACACGAAAAAUUUCUGUAAAAACAUCUUUUGGAAAGAGUUUAAAUCACGAUAGGAGUUUUUAUCAAAAUUUUGCCAGUUUUUUAAAUGUUUGGGAUAUCUAUUGAAAACUCAUAUUCAAGUCAAGUUUAUUCCUCAGAUUUCCCUAUCCCAUUGCUUAUUUUCCAAAUAGAAAAUGUAAUAAGGGAAUAUUUGCCUUGAAUUACAUGAUUUUUGUGAGAAUUUUUGUAGUAGCAUCAGUCCAGAAUCCUUUCAUCGAGGUAUUCAUCAAUUUAUUGGACGAAAUUUUGUUUCUAACAUCGAAUAUAUUAAAAAGUAUUGAAUUAAUCUUCAUGAUGAUGUCUAGAAACGCGGGAAUUUUGAAUUCUUUACUUCGAACAUUUCUGAAUUAUCAUCCAUAUGAAUAGACUCCCCCCCAAUAAUUGAUUGAAUCACAAGUCAUUUUGAAAUUCUUCAUUUGAGACUUCUAUCAAUUUUAUAAUCUACCAUUUUUUUUUUCUAUCGAUUGAUCAUUUUCCAUUUCCGAAGACGUGAAUCAGCAUAAUAAACUCAGUUUCACUUGAAGAUAAUCUUUUGAAAACUAUCUCGAAGUCCAGAAGCCAGACAUAUUUUGGUAAAUGCAACAAGGACUUCUGCAUGACUGCACUGCAUCAUUUUUUAUUCAUUUUCAUUCAAUCAUCGCCACACGAGCACAAAAAACUAGAAUAUCUUUUGUUCCACCAAAUUGAUGCAUCAGUUGAUUCUGUGACUCCACACAAUCGAAAAAUUCCCCGAUGAAAUCAGCACGAAUUGUCGCGGUGAGACAUGAAAAUCUAGACAUUGACAAAUUUCUACAAUCAAAUUUUUUUAUUCUCCUUCUCACCUUUCUCCUCAUUCUAAACUAUAAUAAAAUUCAUGAAAUUCGCACAUUAUCUAGGAUUGAUAGACAACAAAUCGGUCGAACAUUCGGAGCAACAAUUAAACUAAAAUCCAAGUAUUGUAAAUUAAAAGUUUCUACAUAAUACCAAUAAAAUGUUUCCUCCAAUAGUUUUUACAUAAUGAUUUUGGGACGAAUGGAUUGUCGCAUUCAUUUCCAUUUCGAGUGAAGCCGUAAGGAUAGGAUAGACGAUUGAAAUAUACAAAUAAUAGAUCGGUAUAAACUAGCAUUUCUAUGUGUUUUUUUAGAACGUAUUGAAUCAAUUAAUGAAAGUGCCACAAAUUACGAAGACAAAAAUUAUCAUUAUGGAUUAAUAUAAUAAAAGUUAUUGUAUUUCUUGUGACAAAUUGCCGAAUGGUCUGAGGGACUGAACAAGCACGUGAUAAUUAUUGUAAUUUAGUUUAUAAACUGGGUGAGAAAGUCUAUGGGAAUAUUAAGGUUAUAUCAGAUUGCUGGACAAUAAGAAAUAAAGAAAUUAUACCAAAAAAUAA